CCGGGCACCUGGCGAGGCGCUGCCCGCUCCGGCUCGGCAUGUCCGGAAAGCCCAAGGUGUACCAAGGUGUGAGGGUGAAGAUCACAGUCAAGGAGUUGCUGCAGCAGAGGAGAGCACGACAAGCAGCCACUGGUUCAGCAGUUCCCUGGGACAGCAGCAGCAGCAGCAGCAGCAGCAGCAUCCAGUUUGCAGAGCCUGUGUCUCCGCCUCACCCAGAGCCUUUUGAAGCAGAACCCAUCCCUCCUGUGCCCAGCUGCUGCCCACCCUGGCAGUUUUCCAGCUGCCUGUCCUGUGAGGAAAGCCCUGGAUACCUGGAGCAGCUGAUAGAUUCCUGCCUGCAGUCAGAUGCAGCCUCUGAGGCAGCCUUCAGUGCCUUCCAGCCAUCCCCACACUACACCCCAGACACCUUCCAGCCAGUCCAGCUCUGCUUCAACCAGGGCCUGGCUGCCGGCUCUCCCAGCUCAGCAGACCUGCCCAGCCCGUGGAGCUCCAGCUGCUCUCCCCCUCAGCUGUCUCCCCUCACCCCGCUGACCCCCAGCCCGCCCUACAGCUGCCCCAUGGAGGAGUGGCCCUGCCAGCCCCCGUGUCCCCUGGGCAGCCCUGCGUGCUGCUGCCCAGCCUGUGGGGCGCAGGGCAGGGACAGCAGGGCCCCGCAGUGCUGCCCCUGCCCCAGCUCGGACUGCCUGGAGCUGCUGCCACCCCUGGCCGUGGCCGAGGACUUCUUCAGGAGGGACAGGAGCUGGGACAUCUGCUACAGCUAAUGGGGGCUGUGGUUUCACACAUCCACUCUAUCCAAAUCAGAUUAAAUUGCCCAUGAACUAUGCAAAGUUGUGCUGCCUAACACAGCCCAGUUUAUCCUUCACUACUCACACUUUUUUACACGAUGCUGUCACUACA